ACUGAACCAACCUCCCGUAUUUGCCCUGGCACCGCAUUUGAUGUCCUGUGAGAUGGAAUUGCAUUACCUGCGUCAGAUAAGCGAAUUGAUCAUAAUGUUCCUAAUGCCUCGAUGCUACUCCUUAACACCAGUAUCACACCUUCUCAGAGAAAUAUUGGCUUGCAAAAUUUUGCAACCAGCUAUAAAUCUAGUCACAGAGCCUGAUUACAUAAAUCAGAAGAUAAUACAGUAUUUGGAGGCACAGAAAGAAGUAGACGCAAUGCAUGUGAGGACACACGAGUAUGCAAAAACAUUUGAAGAUUAUAUAAGACUUAUAAACAGUUGCAAUAAUGUUGACACACUGAAACGGUUACGUUACGAUAUUGUUACACAAAUAAUGCAAGCAACUACAUUACAAAACAUGAAACGUGCUAAAGGUAUAGAUGUGGAUAUAAUUGAGAAAAGCAGCACACAGCACAAUAUCAGCCGCCAACAACUGGCCGAAGCUAAGAAUAUCAAGAGAUAUAUUAACCAACUGACUAUAGCUAAAGUUGAAUGUGAAAAAGCCUUGAAGAAACUUGGCUGGGACGGUGCUUUCCCCGCUGUUGAAUCUGAUAGUAAGACCCUCCCAUUACACAAGGUGAUGGAGAGUGUGACAGGUCGCAGACAUCUGUCUAUGUUCCUGGAGACGAUGUGCUCUCAAGGGCUGGUCGGGUUCUGGUCUGCGGUGGAGGAGCUGCGGCACAGUGCUAGAAGCAGCUGGCAUCAGUUGGGAGCUGAGAUAUUUUACACUUAUAUUAGGUCACCUAGUGCGGAAAUUAAAGUUGAUAAGGAUACCAGAAAAAGAAUGGAGGCUUUCCUAUUAGGUGAUAAAGGGCCAGAAGUAUUCUACGAGGUACAGGAAACCGUAGUGGAUACGAUACAAGAAAAAUAUUAUUCCUCAUUCCUUUUAAGUGACCAGUACAAAGCUUUAGUUGUUGAACUUGCCAAAGAAGAAGAUAAUAAAGGUAAGGUAUAUUUAUUUUGAUAAUACUUGGAUAUU